UGUGGUGAUUAUCACACAAUUGUGUUGACAUCCAAUGGACAGGUAUUCGGGUGGGGGUAUAAUAACCAUGGACAGGUUGGUUCUGGCAAUAAAAGUAUUCAAUUAGAUCCAACUCCUGUUGAAAUUUCCACUGAAUAUCAAAUUAGUAAAAUAGAGUGCAAUUUGAAUACAUCACUUGCUCUUACAUGUGAGGGACAGGUGCUUAUAUGGGGAGAGGGAUCUUGUAGGAAUAAAAUAAGAACACCAUACCUAUUAGAAAUUGAAAUUAACAUACAAACUGCACUUCCAAUAAGUUGGUUAUAUACAUAUUUGUUAUCCAACCAUGAAACUCACGAUAAGUUAAAUAAUUCAAUAUCGUUUGAAAAGUCAUUUGACGUAAUAAAUAAGCUUGGUGAGGGUGGCUAUGGACUGGUAUAUAAAGUUCGAGAUAAAUGUAACCAUGAAUUCUAUGCAAUAAAGAAAUGUCAUUUAAAUGGAUUGACAGAAAAAGAAAAAGAAAAUGUUUUGAAUGAAACGCAAAGUCUUAUGAAACUUCGGUCAGAGUUUGUGAUUAAAUACUACUAUUCAUGGAUUGAAUGCAAUUUUCUUUACUUUCAAAUGGAUUUAUGUAUCGAUAAUCUCAACAAUGUUUUGGAAACUAAGAAAUCAUUGUCUAAUGAAUUGAUGACUAGUUUUGAGUUUUAUAUAUCGUAUGAAAUGUUUCGUAGACUCACAGAAUGUGUGCAAUAUUUGCACAAAAAGCAUAUCAUUCAUAGAGACCUCAAACCGGAUAAUGUGUUGAUUUCAAUGGACUAUAAGAUAAAGUUAUGUGACUUUGGUUUGGCUAAAGAGGUCGAUAGUAUUGAUUGGUAUCGGAUGUCAAAAGCAAAACAUACGGCAGAUGUGGGAACUAUCAACUAUAUGGCACCGGAAGCCGAGACGGAAGAUUACAAUCAUUUGACAGAUAUCUACAGUCUAUCCCUAAUCGGGGCUCAAUUAUUUGACCUCAAACCGGAUAAUGUGUUGAUUUCAAAGUACGGAGAGAUAAAGUUAUGUGACUUUGGUUUGGCUAAAGAGGUCCCAAAUUGUGAUCCGUUUCUUAUGUCUAAAGCUAAAAAUACGGCAGAUGUGGGAACUGUUGCCUAUAUGGCACCGGAAGCACAGACUACUGAAUACAACCAUUUGAUAGAUAUCUACAGUCUAUCCCUAAUUGGUGCUCAAAUUUUUGGUUUCAAUAGAAACGAUAUAAUCGACGGAAAUUCAAACUUUGACAUUUACAAUAUUUCACUGUUAAGCAAAGUUCAUUCGCCAAAGUACCUUGAAGCAUUGUCUGAAUAUGUGGCUAAAAACGAGUACAACUCAUGGAUAGAAACUAAUGAGAUAUUCAUUCAAAUGAAAUUGUGUUCAGACAAUGAGAUUAAAUUAAUUGGCAAUGAUCUGGAUCAACUGGAGUGG